AUGACGUCGUACCUGUUCGCACGAUUCAUGUCGCGGCGAGUCAGUGACGUCAAGCGGGUUUCCUCUGUGCGGGGAAUGUUGGUCGGGGCAGCCGCUGAACAACUAGCUCCGUUACAAGCUGCGAAAACGGGAAUCAGGAGAUUGCACCAAUCAGUGACGCCAGCGACGCCCGUAAAACCCUCUUCUUCAUCGUCGCGCCGAUUCUCUUGGUUCUUCCCCGCUCUCGUCGGCGCACUGGCAGGCGGAGCGACGGCGGUAGCUGCGCUUCAUUCCCCUCAUACGGAAGCGCCUUCCCGUCUUCCACUUUCAUCCGCUCAUCACGCGCAAUCUGGUGGUCCCUUGUCCGCCACUCCCCUCUUCGGGUCGCGUGAAUCCGCCCCCGCAUAUUCCACCCACGCCUCCCUGCCGUUAUCUCCGCUUGAAGCUACUACUGCCUCGCCUCGCGCAGGAUUCAUCCCGCGCUUGGUUCUCACCGCCGAUGCUUCCCCGACGGCUAUCCCCUUCCCCGGCCCCGAAUCCCCGCCUCUGCCCACGCCCCCCCCGCAUGGGUCCCUUCCCGCGCCCCGCAGCGUGGUUGAGGGGAUCAAACGGCUGCUCCCAGGGGAAGGGGAACCCGGGGGGAAGGCGGAGGCGCAGGCAGAAGGGGGAAAAGGGCUUAAGGAUGGGGAAGGAGAGUGGACGAAGGAAGUUGAGAGCCGGGGCAUGUUCAGCGGGCAGGCGAUGGGGUCGGGGGCCAUAAUCAGGGCGGACGGGCUCAUUCUCACCAACGCGCACGUCGUGGCCGAGAUGGUCGACCCCUUCGCCUCCUCUGCGCCCUACUGGAGCUCCCGCGCCACGCUGCAGGUGACGCUGCAGGACGGACGCACGUUUGACGGCCACGUGCUGAGCUUUGACUCUCUCUCUGACAUCGCCCUCGUCAAGGUGCUCCCACACGUGCUCGUGCCCUCACCCACCUGUCUCACCACUCUCCUUUCUCCUGCUUCCACACCUGUAGGCCAACACCUUGCGAUGCCUCUUGUGCUGCCCCCAUCACUCUUCUCCACCACGCUGACAUCACUUUGCUCCUUGCUACUCGAAUCCAAUUGCUGUGCUCUUCGAGUGGCUGUCCACCCUUGCUGCCUGCCUCUCCUUUCCUCUUCUCACCCGCUGCACUGCCCAACACAGGUGUCAGCACCGUCACCGUUGCCGGUGGUGAAGCUGGGGUCGUCCAAGGCACUGCGGCCGGGGGACUGGGUGGUGGCAUUGGGCUCGCCUCUGCACCUCUCCAACACCGUCACUGCCGGCAUCGUCAGGUGCGCGCACCCCUUCACUGCUGCUGAAUGCGCCUUCACAUGCUGCCUGGGGCUUCAGGUGCUGCCUGCGCCCUCAGGUGCUGCUGGCUGGGGCUUCAGUUGUGUGGAUCGCAAGGGCACAGAGCUGGGGCUGAGGGGAGGGCGAAUGGAUUACAUCCAGACAGAUGCAGCCAUCAAUGCGGGCAACAGUGGGGGGCCGCUGGUGAAUUUGGACGGGGAGGUGGUGGGCAUCAACAACAUGAAGGCGCUGGCAGCUGAUGGGGUCAGCUUCGCCAUCCCCAUCGACUCCGCGGUUCUCAUCCUGGACCAGCUCUCCCGCCAUGGAAGAGUGGUGCGGCCAUUCGUGGGCAUCAAGAUGUUGGAGCUCAACGCCUCCAUUGCAGCACAGCUGAGGGACAGAGACCCCUCCUUCCCCCCGGUCGAUGCCGGCAUUCUCGUCCCCCAGGUGAUUCCUGGGUCGCCUGCAGCCAGGGGUGGGUUGCAGCCGGGUGAUGUGAUAGUGGAGUUUGCCGGGCAGCCAGUGACCUCCUCCCGCCAGGUGCUGGAUUUGCUGGGAGAUAAGGUGGGCGUGAAGGUGCCCCUCGUCGUCAAGAGGGCACAUGGGAAGACAGUCACACUCACUAUUGUCACAGAGGAGGCCACACCUGACACGUGA